AAAGCACAGCUCCAAAAAGCACCUAUACCGAUUCGGUUGCCCCCGAUUCAUGUAUCCGAGAAAAAAUCAACUCCUCUCUCUCUCUACAAACCCUCCCUCUGAACUCACCAACCAACCAAUCGCGCAUUUUCUAGGUCUUUCUCUAUUAGCUUCUGCGUGACAGUUUUAUUUUCUUUUGCGCGUUUUUCUUCCCCCUUUUUGGUGCUAGGGUUUCGUUUUUUUAGUUUGUUGAUUUUCCGUGUGCUUUUCUCUUUUUCUUUUUUACUUUUUCUUAUCCCUUUCUCAAUUUAUUGCAAUUUGGAGUUUUGGGUUUGGGAAUUUUCGUUUAUUUCUAGGUUUUUGAAGUUUGAUUUCAUCAUAAGAGUAAUUCAUCUUCGAUCAAUUUUGCUUCUUUGGGUUUUUUUUUUGGGUAUUAUCUGGUUGCCUAGAUGGUGAGUUCGAAGGGAUUGAAUUUAUCCCCGCCACCGAAGCAGUACGGCGUAACGAAGCCGAUAUCGAUGUCGGGGCCAAUGGAUGCUGAUAUCCAAAGGAGCCGCGAAUUGGAGAAGUUCUUGAGUGAUCAGGGACUUUAUGAGAGCAAAGAGGAAGCCGCAAAGAGAGAGGAGGUUCUGGGUCGGAUUGGACAGAUUGUAAAAGAUUGGGUGAAGCAGCUUACUCGCUUGAGGGGGUACACAGAUCAAAUGAUAGAGGAUGCCAAUGCUGUCAUUUUCACUUUUGGCUCUUAUCGGCUUGGGGUACACGGUCCUGGGGCUGACAUAGACACAUUAUGUGUUGGACCCUCUUACAUCAAUAGAGAGGAAGACUUCUUCUUUGUAUUGCACAACAUUUUGUCGGAAAUGGAAGAAGUUACAGAGCUGCAACCAGUUCCAGAUGCUCAUGUCCCUGUGAUGAAAUUCAAGUUUGAUGGAAUAUCUAUUGAUCUUCUUUAUGCAAGUAUUUCUCUUUUGGUGGUACCGGAUGACUUGGACAUCUCGGACGUUUCUGUGCUGUAUGAUGUUGACGAGCCUACUGUUCGAAGUCUCAAUGGCUGCAGGGUUGCUGAUCAAAUUCUUAAGCUUGUUCCUAAUGUGGAGCAUUUUCGCACAACACUCCGGUGUUUGAAGUUGUGGGCUAAAAGACGUGGUGUUUAUUCCAAUGUUACUGGGUUUCUGGGUGGUGUGAACUGGGCUCUCCUUGUGGCUCGAGUAUGCCAACUUUAUCCUAAUGCAAUUCCCAGUAUGCUUGUAUCUAGAUUUUUCAGGGUCUAUACACAGUGGCGCUGGCCAAACCCAGUUAUGCUCUGCCCAAUUGAAGAGGAUGAACUUGGAUUUUCUGUUUGGGACCCCCGUAAAAAUCCUCGUGACCGAACUCAUCAUAUGCCAAUAAUAACACCUGCCUAUCCAUGCAUGAAUUCAAGCUACAAUGUGUCAACAAGUACACUACGGGUCAUGAUGGAGCAGUUCGAGUAUGGUAACAAGGUCUGUGAGGAGAUAGAGCUAAGUAAAGCUCAAUGGGGUACCCUGUUUGAACCAUACUUUUUCUUUGAAAGCUACAAGAACUAUCUCCAGGUUGACAUAGUCGCAGCUGAUAUUGAUGACUUGCGUUCUUGGAAAGGUUGGGUGGAAUCCCGUUUGAGACAGUUGACUCUAAUGAUUGAGCGAGACACAUUUGGGAAGUUGCAAUGUCAUCCAUACCCUCAUGAGUAUGUGGAUAUCUCCAAACCCUGUGCCCAUUGUGCUUUUUUUAUGGGCUUGCAGAGGAAACAGGGGGAGAUAAUUCAGGAAGGGCAGCAAUUUGAUAUCCGAGGAACAGUAGAUGAAUUUAGGCAUUCUAUAAACAUGUAUAUGUUUUGGAAACCAGGAAUGGAAAUUUAUGUCUCUCAUGUUCGUAGGAAGCAGAUCCCUUCUUAUGUUUUCCCGGAUGGUUAUAGACGUCCUCGACAUCCUAGAGUCCAAUCACAGCAACAGUCUGAUAAGCCAUGCUGUGAAGAUGGUGGUGCUUGUCGCAUUGGCUCUGGAGAGAGAUGCCUUAAGAGGAAAAAAGAUCCUGAUGCAGUGGAUGUGAAAAAUGAUAUGCCAGAGAAACGGCGUUCUAUUAGUCCCCAGAGGCGGGAUUCAAUUUCUCCUGAAAUUAUCAGUCACAAGUUUGGUGGUACUUCGCCAUGCUUGGCAUUUGCCGAAGGGAGUGAAACGUGUGAAGUUGAUACGAAGAGAUUUUGCCCUGAUGAUGUUGAAGGGGGAUGUACAUCAAAUUCCAGUGUAAUCACCUUCCUUUCGAGUGAGGUUGGUUCAUGCAAGGAUAUUGGAAAUGAAUCAGUAGCAGGUAGCAGCAAGGGGAACAAUGGAAGUGCUUAUGGGAGUGUCGAAGGAAGUAAUAACCUGAGAUCUUCUCAAAGUGAUUCUGGUGAUGCAGGUUCUGUAUGUCGAUUGGAAAAUGUGUGUGGAGAUGGCAAUGGAGUAUGUCAAGAUGGAUUGCGCGAAGAGUUGGAGGUGAAGCCAAAUGCUGCGGUUGGGAUGUUACUAAAAUCCGUGGGUGGAGUUGAGGCGGAAGCUGUGCAGAAACCAGUGUUAAGCAGGUUAAGCUUGACAUCGACGGCGUGAGAUAUCAGAAGGUGGAUAAAAAGUGAAGUUCUUUCUGUCCAUGUUGCAGUCCAUAAGACAGAAGGCCAGCAGUAUGGGGUAAGUGUUACAUUACUUGCUGGCUUUCAUUUCUUGCGUUUUUUCAGGCAUGCUUGUUCGUAUAAUGCGGAACAGAGAUCCAACUUGAGGCACAUUGUGAAGAGCUUUUGCUGGAUGUAGCUUUGUCAUGUUCAAUGCACAAAGUUUGCAUCUGCGAAGUAAUGUUCUGCACGAGUGGCGAGUGUAGCAAAGGGCUUUAAAGUAGUUAAGAUUGGAUUAUGAUAGGGGGUUUGGUGUAUACGUUCGGUUUCUUUUUCACUUAAUAUUCACUUCCCCCCUGCAUGCGAACACUCUAGGGUUGGAGGGGUUGCAUUAAAAAGUUGGCCAAGUGUUCUUUUAGUUUAGAGGUGUUGAGUAUGUGUGGCAACAAAAUUUCCUAGAGGUUGUGGCAUUAAGUUGGUUUAGCGUGCCUUACCUCUGCUGCCCUCUUGGACCUUUGCCUACCAUGUAAUAUAAGAAUUUGUUAAA